UGAAAUGUGUGGAAUCUGGGCCUUGUUUGGCAGUGAUGAGUGCCUGUCAGUUCAGUGCACUAGUGCCAUGAAGAUUGCUCACAGGGGCCCUGAUGCCUUCCGCUUUGAGAAUGUCAAUGGCUUCACCAACUGCUGCUUUGGCUUCCACUGGUUGGCCAUUGUGGACCAGCUGUAUGGCAUGCAGCCUUUACGAAUCAAGAAGUUUCCUUUCUUGUGGCUCUGCUACAACGGAGAAAUUUACAACCAUCACACGCUUAGGAAGCAGUUCGAGUUUGAUCAUCAGACUAAUGUGGACGGUGAGAUUUUGCUCCACCUGUAUGACCGCUUUGGCAUCCAGAAGAUGGCUUCUCUGCUGGAUGGCGUGUUUGCUUUCGUUCUGCUGGACACUGCCAACAGGAAAGUCUUUUUGGGACGGGAUACGUAUGGUGUGCGUCCUCUGUUCAAACUCCUCACAGAUGAUGGAUUCCUUGCAGUCUGCUCAGAGGCUAAAGGUCUUACAGACAUUACCCAUGCAAUGGCCACCCCUGCCAACAUUGUUCCUUUUCUUCCUGGGCACUUUGAGACCUUUGAUUUAAAGCAGAAUGGCAAAGUUCACUCUAUUCAGAUGGAAAGGUUUCACUGCUGCACACAGGAGCCUGCACAUGCCAUGUAUGACUCCUUGGAGAGACUACCUACAAGCUUUGAUGAGGAAGCAGUGAAAAGCAACAUCAGAACCCUGUUUGAGAAUGCUGUUAGGAAACGUCUAAUGGCUCAAAGGAGAAUUGGUUGUCUUCUGUCAGGUGGUCUGGACUCCAGUUUAGUCGCUGCUACACUGGUGAAACUGGCCAAAGAGGAGAAGGUGCAGUAUCCCAUCCAGACUUUUUCAAUUGGCUCAGAGGACAGUCCAGAUGUCAUAGCUGCUCGCAAGGUUGCAGCUCAUAUUGGCAGUGAACACCACGUGGUAAACUUUACUGUUGAAGAAGGCAUCCAAGCAGUAGAGAAAGUGAUCUACCAGCUGGAGACAUAUGAUAUAUGUAACAUACAUGCCUCUGUUGGGAUGUACUUGGUUUCAAAGUACAUCGGGCAGAACUCAGACAGUGUGGUGAUCUUCUCUGGAGACGGUUCUGAUGAGCUGACUCAGGGAUACAUUUACUUCCACAAGGCUCCAACAUCCAAAGCAGCAGCAGAGGACAGUGUUCGUCUGUUGAAGGAACUCUACCUGUUUGAUGUUCUCCGUGCUGAUCGCACCACUUCUGCACAUGGUCUGGAGCUCAGAGUGCCCUUCCUGGACCACAGAUUCACAGCAUACUUCCUCUCCCUGCCUGAGGAGAUGAGGAUUCCUCGGCAUGGAGUGGAAAAGUACCUUCUGAGGGAGUCCUUCAAAGGCCUCAACUUGAUCCCUGAGGAGAUCCUGUGGAGGCGUAAAGAAGCCUUCAGUGAUGGUAUGAUGUCAAUGAAGAAGUCCUGGUACACCUACCUGCAGGAACACCUACAAUCCAUGGUGAACGAUGAUCAGAUGGAGAAGGCUCACAAGACGUUCCCUCACUUGCCUCCAUGCAACAAAGAGGCCUACUACUUCAGACAGGUGUUUGAAAAGUCCUAUCCAGGUCGGGCUGAGUGGCUCUCCCAUUACUGGAUGCCUCGCUGGAUCAAUGCCACUGACCCCUCAGCUCCUGUUUCUAUAUGAAACAUAUAAUGAGCAGAUUGAAUGGAACAUAUUCAAGCUUUUGUCUUGAGAUUAAUUUCCGACC